AUGGCUGACGACGAGGACGACAUCGUGUGGAUCCGUGAAGACGCCUCAGGUGCGCCAGUCUCCUCACCGACCUCCCCAACAACUCCAGCCACUAUAAUCGAAGUGUCUCCAAUCCUAUCCGACGCCUUCGAUAAACCAAUUCUGAAGACGUCGUGUGGACCUCCAGAAGUCACUAUCUCAGCGCCACCACCGACACCUCCGGUGACUUCAGAAGUAGUGAAUUCAGAAGUCAAAUCACCACAGGCUCCAGGAAUCACCCCGAUCGAGUUCAAGUUAGCGGAAGUUGCUCCAGAAUCCACAAAAGUAGAAGUGAAGGAUCCAGAAUCCCCGAAAAUUGAAACGAAGACUCCAGAACUCCCUAAAGUUGAAAUCAAGGCUCCAGAAUCCCCCAAAAUCGAAGUCAAGGCUCCAGAAGCACCAGAAGUCAAAACUUCAGAAUCCUCUGCUCCACAAACCCCGAAAAUUGUUGAAUCCGUUGUGGAAGACGUCAAGAAAUCAGAAGAUGCUCCAGAAGAGAAUCAGGAUCAGCUAACCGCCAAGUUGGAUCCAAAAACACCGAAUUCAGUGGAUGAUAACAGCAUGAGUUUUGAUAUCAGUGAAUGCGAGCGAAACUUCAACAAGGCGAUCCGUGAGGCGUCCGACAUUCUAGAAGAUUUCGAUCAAAAAUCGAAACAAGUCGCCGAGAAUACGAAAUUUGUGGCGAGAGAAUUGGCUGAAUUAGCGGCGUCAGCUCCACGUGUAUUCCAGAAGACUAUCGACGAUCAUUCUCAGGUUCCAGAGAUUUCAGAGCUACCGUCGAGAGGCCUUCCCAAAAACGUGGAAUCCGUGCUAAUCGGCGAGGGACUUCUCGAGGAGAUCACCGGCACCCUCGUUCUUCCAAACGGACAUGUUCUGGUGACAGAUGAACGAGUUGGGAUAAUUUUGUUCGAUUUGGAGGGGAAUGUGUUGGCUAAGAUUAAUACACCGGAAUUCCGGAAAUUGUGGAGCCCCGUCUAUCAUAAGGAGCAUAUUUUGGUGCUCGCCGACGCUCAAAACGCCGCCUCCCACUGGGUCCGUCACGUCAUCAAAUUCUCCUUCCAACUCGAAUACGUCGCUAAAAUCGAGUGUCCCUCAUGGCUCGCCGAGUGCACAAUUCUCCGGGAACGUUUGAGUAUCGCACACAAUGAUCACUUGUAUCUUUGUGUUUGUGGCGAGAUCUUCUCGGGUCUAUACGAAUUGACACCGAUUGGACAGUGGACUGAGUUAGAAUACAAACUGUCGGAGGCGUAUGUGGAUAUGUUGGCGUUUGCAACGAUUGGACCGAUUACUCAACUGUUGGUGGUGGAGGGCCGUCGCAACUACGUCCUCCUCGUCUCUGUCCGUGAAUCUCGAAUCGUCGAUAAAAAGCGAAUGGCGAUUUGUGAGCGACCCGGUGCUCUGGCUAGGGAUGAAGCUGGCCGUCUCUUCGUCGCGAACCGAUUCUCCGCCAGCAUUCAACUAGUCGAUACAAUGCGUUGGGUAUCCGAAAAAAACGUGGCGAUCACUGAAGCUUUUGUUCGCCACUUCACCGCGUGUUGGGGUCUUCUGGCGAUCCCUCUGAAGAAUGCGGUACGUCUUCAGAGAUAUUCGUUCCGCUCUCUUCGCUAA